GAUGGUCAUCAUGUUCAGCAUGAAGCAAGCUGCUCUGCUCUUCAUUCAGCUGUCACAGACAACCUAUGUAUUUGCAGCGCCGGCUACAGCAGACCACUAUGAUGUGUCGGUGUCCAGAGGAGACCCAGUCGUGCUCACCUGUUAUAUAUCUAAUGAAAAUACAACAGUUCUCAAAUGGACCAAAGACAGAUGGUAUUUUGUGCACUCCAUCUCCAAUAAUCGAACUUUUUCUAAUUUCUCCUCUCACAGACUGAGAAUAGACACAAACAAACCUUCUACACUCAGUAUUGAUAAUACUCACCAUGAUGAUGCAGGAGUUUAUUCUUGUAAUAUAACUGGUAGUAAAGGCCUUUACAACAUGUCAUGGACCGUAACAGUUCUUGAAAAUCAAAAUGGAACCAGUCCAUCACAAUAUAUUAUGGUCGCACUACUACCUGCCUUUGGAUUCCUUUUAUGUUGUUCAGCAUUAACUGUCUGCCUCUGCAGAAAAUAUGGCACCAGAAAAGAGAGACAGAAAUCAGUCCAACCCCAGACUCAGCUUCAAGUGGGAGGACAGGAAGUCCACAAUCAGAUGCGAAGUCCAGGUCAGUGGAGGAGCAAAAAGCACAGAAGAGACUACCUGGAAAAACUGAAUUCUGUUUAUGGUCAUGUCUGAGCUCAGACCUCUUUAAUUUACUUGAAAAAAAAACCCAGUUUGAAGGACAUUAUUAUUGUUAUUAUUUAACAAAAGAGAUGUUUAACAUGUCAAUAAAAGGAAGUCACAAAUCAACAACA